UAAUAACGUGAAUUUAAAAUUUUGGUAAAAAAAUCAUUCAGUUGACAAUUUCUUACGCUGAUAGUUAUUUACAAAUUUGUUGAGUGGGAGUAAAAAAUAAACAAACAGUCAAACGUAAUUUGAUUUAAAUAAAACAUAAAAACGUUAAGUUUUCAUUUAUUUGAGAAGCGGGAGAAAAAACGACUUAAUGGGAACAGAAAUGUUAACGGUCACGAAAACAUUUUGAAGAGGACUUCUUUGGCGUUUUGAGAUGAGGAAAAACACGGAAGCGAGUAGCAGCAGCCACCGCACCCCAGUAGAGAGAGCGUACUACGAAUCCUUAAUAUUUCGUGACCGAUGGAACGUUGGAAGGCUCUAUGCGUCGAAUAUGUACGAAAGUCAAAACUAUACCAAAAAAAUAAAACAUUUAGCAAGAGAAAGAAAAAUCAAUUUGUACCAAAUGGAUUGUCAAAUGGAGGACAUGCGAAGAAAAUGGAUAAAUUUUGAGAUAGAAAAAGAGAACGGGAAGUAUUUAGAACCACAAUUAACUGCGAAAAAAGUUCACACAUCGAAAAAAGAGGUUGUGCCGGACAAGCGGAAACCGUCGGUUAUAAUACCGCCACCUUUAUAUGAAACUAAUAACAAGUCAAAAGAGAGCCAAUCUCAGCAACAAACCAGAAGUAAACAGAGAACUUCCCUUUAUCUUCCUAAGCUAAAUCGGAGAAUAUUGAGGGACAUCCCGAGAAAAUCUUUGAUUGCUUUUGCUGAGGAUAUGGAAAGCAUCCGCUCUUUUGACGACGUCGCGAUAACAGAAGUGGAAGAUGUUAACCAAUCCAUAGACCUGCCCAGGAUGCACAACCCACAGGAUUUGUUAAUCCAUCGAAACAGGGCUCAAUCAUUACCUCCAGUCUCGCUUACUUAUAUCAUAAAUGACUACAACACGCGGCCAAGAUCUCGUUCAAUUGGUCCUAUACUGUUAAACGAGUCAAGAAGUUUAUCACGUGACUUAAAAACAUCGCGGGGAAAAUACGACGACUAUAUCACGGAAAAAGAUUUCGAAUCUACAACAGCAAAGUUCAUUCCCCGAUGUUUGACAGCACAACCAGUGAGUUUAAAUAACAUACUGUGAAAAAAACUUACCACAAAUAUCUUGCGCACUUUUGUUCUUGAUACACCUAGCAAAAUAAACGAAGCAAGAUUUACACGCGUAAAUAGACGUUUCGAGAGCUGGAGAAAAGCCAACAUUAUGUGAAGCAUUUUAAAAUUCUUGCCAAUUUAUUCUCAAGCAAUGAAAGGAUGGUACAUAACAUGUUAUUUAGAUCAUGUAAAUGUAAAUAAAUAAAUUUCAAAACAAGUUUUGA